AUGGCUCGUAUAACUGCAACAGCAUUGUUAGCUGGCUUUGUGGCAACAGCCGCGGCACGCCAGUGCCAGAAUCUCACAAUCCCAAUCAACACCUCGGCACGAAACGGCGUCUUCGAUUAUGCGGCACCGGAGACCAACAUCGACGUGACAGACUUCAUCCUGAACCUGGUGCAGCCAGGCCACAACCUUACCGCAGAGCUGCUACACGGCUAUGCCACUAUUUCGGGCAAUUAUAAGAUUGCAGCAACCUACUGCGAGCCGGAUGCCGGACCCGGAAACACGCUCCAAGUGUUGACCCACGGCAUCGGAUUCGACAGGUCGUACUGGGACUUUCCAGCCAACAACUACAACUACAGCUAUGUGAACCAGGCAUUGGACCGCGGGUAUUCGACGUUCGCCUACGACCGUCUUGGCAUUGGCGAGUCGUCCCAUGGCGAUCCUGUCAAUGAGAUCCAGUCGUGGCUGGAGGUCUCGGCGCUGAAGACCUUGACGACCAUGCUCCGGGAGACCAGCGUCCCGGAUAUCAGUACCAAGUUCUCCAAGAUCGUGCACGUCGGCCACAGCUUUGGCUCGAUCCAGUCAUACGGCCUCGUGGCCCAGGACCCUGCCAUAUCGGACGGCAUCGUGCUCACUGGCUUUAGCCAGAACUCGACCUUCGUGCCUCUGUUCGCGCUCGGCGGCAACUUCAUCCAAGCCAACAAGGUUGCUGCCCUGUCAGACUAUCCAAACGGCUACCUCGCUGCUGGAGAUGAGAGUGCUGUCCAGACCAACUUCUUGGCACCCGGCGACUUCGACCCGGCGAUCCUUGAGGCUGCCUACAAAACUGGCCAGCCUGUCACCGUUGGUGAAUUGCUGACCAUUACGGGUCCUGCUAGUGUACUCAAUCCUUUCCAGGGACCUGUGAUUGUUGUGACCGGAGACCGUGACAUUCCGUUCUGUGGUGGAAAUUGCACCGUUAGUGAACCGUCGAUUCCUGCUAUGGCGAAGCAGUUUUUCCCGAAAGCCAGUUGUUUCGAGGCCUUUGACGUUCCUGAAUCCGGUCACGGGCUGAACUUGGAAUACACUUGGCCGACCACAUACAAGACUAUCCUCGACUUUUUAGACAAGAAUGUCAACAUGAAAUAA